UGUCACUGUCGCUGUCAGAACAAUUCAUUUAAACCCCUAUUUUCCUAUUCACUUGGGAUUCGGUUGGUCAGCUAUUUUAGUUCUAUUGUUGACUAAACUGAAUAAUAAAGUGGAUAUAAUUUAUAAAUUACAAAAUGCUGCGCAGUAUUGUGGAGUAUUAUGCAGAACAUGAACAGUAUAGAUGUGGCUACUGUAGAAGCCCUGAUACCAAUUAUAGCCAUGGUAUGUGGGCUCAUGCCAUGACUGUGAGUGACUAUCAAGAUUUAAUUGAUAGAGGAUGGAGGCGGUCAGGAAAAUAUUGUUAUAAGCCUACAAUGGAUGUAACUUGUUGCCCCAUGUAUACUAUAAGAUGCAGAGCCUUAGAGUUCAAACCAACAAAGUCUCAAAAGAAAGUGUUGAAGCGUGUAAACAAGAUACUGGCCAGUCAAGAUGCCUCUGCUCCUGCAGGAGAUGGUAACAGAAAGAUGUCCACCUGUAGUAGUGGUAGUGAAGUUCUUGCUGAAGGGUUUGAGGAAGGAGGUGAACAGUUCAUUGAAACCAUGAGAGACCAUCAAGACUUGAACUUGGAUGUAGUGAAAAAUAGUGAACUGCUAAACAGCAGCACCGGGGAACAAGCUGGAGAUAGUAUUGCCCAGAAAGACUUAGCAAAGAAAAAUGAACUUAAACCUAAUUCUUCACACGAGAAAGUAGCAAAAAAAGAAUUGCAGGACCAGGACUUGCCCGUUGGUGAUAAACCCACACGUAAGAAGGCGAAGCAGUUUAGGCGAGAGAGGCGAUUAGAAAAACUUAAAGAAAAGGGCAUUACCGAGCUUCCUCCGGCCACGCCCCGGUUCAAAGAGAAACAGCUCGAGGACUAUUUGAACGAGUUACCCGAUGAUGUCAAACAUAAGUUAGAGAUAAAAUUGGUUAGAACGGCUCCGCCCAGUCCUGAAUGGCUGGCGACGUCGAAGCAGGCUCAUGAAGUGUACGUCAAGUAUCAGACGACAAUACACGACGAUAAACCAGAUAAAUGUACCGAACCAAAGUUCCAUGACUUUUUAGUCCAUAGUCCUUUAUUGGAAGAACAUCCUGAGGAUGGUCCAGAGAGUGGGUACGGGUCGUUUCACCAGCAGUACUGGUUAGAUGGCAAAAUCAUCGCCGUCGGAGUUAUAGACAUACUACCCAAAUGCGUGUCUUCUGUAUACUUCUUCUACGACCCCCAGUAUAUGAACAUGACUUUAGGAACUUAUGGCGCGCUGAGGGAGAUCGAAUUCACAAAACAAUUGCACUCUGUGUGCCCUAAAAUCGAGUAUUACUACAUGGGAUACUACAUACACUCUUGUCGUAAAAUGCGGUAUAAAGGAAACUUCUUCCCAUCUGAUUUGUUGUGCCCGGAGACCUAUAAGUGGUUCCCAUUGGAAGACUGUAUCCCUAAGUUAGAAGCGACACCAUACUCGAGGCUCAAUCCUGAUGUGGACUGCACGGAUGAUAAUUAUCCCGAAGAAAGUGACUUGAAUUACAUCCCUAUGUGGGUGAACGGAGUAAUCAUGUUGUACAGACAUUACAAAAGGCACACAAACGCCAAAAACAGUGAUACUGAAGAUCUCAUGGAAUACGCGCGUCUGGUCGGCACCAAAUCAUUAAAGAGUUUAAUUUUAGUACGAUAGACUUAUAUGAAUUUAUAGUCCUUAUUUCAAUCAAUUUAAAAGCCAUAAUAGAGUUUUAAUGUAAAGCUUUUCAGUGUUUUUAAUUCCUUGCAGAAAUCUGGAGUGUUUACGUCAAUGAAAUAAACGUUUAAAUAAAAAUAUUUAUUACUUGUACUUGAAUUCCACCAAACUUAAUUUUUAUGUGUGGUACUUUCGGGUUUUUGUGUCUGUUUUUGUAUGGGAACCGCAUUGAUAUUUAGAUUUACAUACAUAGCUACAUUAAAUAGUAUUAAUGUAUGAAUUAACGAAGCGUGAAUCUUGGAAUCUUAAUAACAUGUCGUUCUUUUGUUGUGAACAUGAGAAUGGCGGAUAGUUAGUAAUAGACCUUGUAAAGGGAAUGGCUGUCACACUACCGGCUCGCGUGUCACCGUGUCACGUCAACUUAAUGUAGACCUAUACCUACAUGGCAUUUGGUCACAUUUUACUAAAGAGACGAAGCUCUCUUUAUGCCAGUCAGAUAAGACAUUUUGAAUUUACCAACUUCAUUGCUGUACAGAACGAAGCUUGUAUGCCGAAUAAAUGUAACUAUAAUUUAUUGAUGUCAUACCUAUCAGCAUAAAAGUAUUUGCUACACACAGAUACAUAUUAUAUUCUGCCCGUUACGAUUUUUGACUAAGCAGAUUU